AUGAGACAGUGGUCCAUUGAGAUCUCUAUGUUAAAUGAUCAGGGCCAGGAGAUUCCUGCCAACAUUCUAGAUAAAGUGACGUAUACUUUACACCCUACCUUCGCCAAUCCAAUCAGAACAUUGAAGCAGGCGCCAUUCAAAGUGGAAGAACAAGGCUGGGGAGAGUUUGACAUUCCUAUUUCUGUACACUUGGUGGGAUUGCCCGGCAAACAAGGAGAGCGUAAGUUCAACCACGAUUUGAACUUUUUGCAAGAGAAAUACACAGUGGACCACCCUAUUCUGAUUCCAUUGAAAAAUGCCCAGUUGAAUAAGCUUUUGGCAGAGUCUGGUCCUGUGCCAGCAGAAGGUGAUGCCAAACGGAAGAAUGAGUCAGACGCAGCAUCCAAACUGAAAAAAUUGAAGAGCGCCAACGGUAACGCAACAAAAGGUAGCAUUGACUUGGAGAAGCUCGCAAAUGGCUUGACUAAGCUCAGUGAAGACGACUUGAUUGUCAUUGUGCAGAUGGUCACUGACAAUAGAACUAGUGACAUGAACAUCAAAAACGACGUUGACAAUGGCGAGUUUACUAUGGACUUAUAUACUUUGCCGGAACUGUUGUUGAAGAGCUUGUGGGAGUACGUCAAGAAGCACACGGGUGAGGCCUAG